UCGUGGGAUCAGUCUGCUGUGACAUCAUCAAACAGAAAUGUUGGCAAGGUUUGGUGGGCAGAGGGUGUGGACACGACCGGGCAUGAUGCCACAGUUGCCACGGCGAGCAGUAAAGUUGAUAUAGAUUACUUCACUUGUCAAAGUGGGGUGACUUUCCAAAUUAACAUUACAACGAUCUUCCAGUUGUGGCUGGACGAGCCACAAACUAAUCAGGGUGUUAUGGUUUGGACUGACUUGGCGCCUGGUAUGGAGACUACCCUGAAGGUGGCAUCCACUGAGAGUGGCUAUGUGGGCAGACACCCUGAACUUUUAGUCUUGCUUCAAGACACCGUUAUUGAUUCUGGAUCCUCUUGUGCCAGUCAUCUUUUCCAAUGUUUGGAUGGAAGCUGCCUUGAUCAAGACAUAAUCUGUAACUUUGUUAAAGACUGCCUUCACGGAGAUGAUGAAGAAGCAUGUGGUAUAAAGUGUGAUUUUGAGGAACCCUGUCUGUGGGAUGCUCCGCCAGUCUCAAGCCAGAUUCCUGGAUGGCAAGUACACAGUGGCUCUACAGAGACGUCUGGUACCGGACCCUCAGGAGGAUACCACAGUGAUAGUGGUAGUGAUUUGGAAGGCAGAUACCUAUACGUCAAUGCGUCAAACCAAGACAUAGGAACACCGUCGUACUUCGUUAGUUCGCGCUACUCAGAGUCUGGUCCCCAAUGUCGUUUCCAUUUCCAGUACCACAUGUAUGGCAGCAAUGCUGGUAACCUGCGAGUUAUACUCAACCGUGCUGACAGCAAUGCAACCAUCUGGGAGGUUACAGGAAGUCAAGACAAUCAGUGGCUUGGUGAUGUUCUGCACCUUGGGAGGCAGAGAGAGCCUUUCCGGAUUAUCUUUGAGGCUGUAAGAGGAGGAGGAGGAGAUCUCGGGGAUGUUGCUCUUGACUCCCUGGAGUUCAGCGAUUGCUCCCCAGAUGCACUGAGGGAGCAGUGUCCGAAGACAUACUUCGUCUGUGAUAACUUGGCUUGUGUUGGUCCUGAUAAGGUGUGUGAUCUCCACCUAGACUGUCUACUAGGGGAGGAGGAGACAAGCCAGCAGUGUGGAGUCAUUCCAUUUGGUGGAGCAUGUUCAUUUGAGGAUGGCUGGUGUGCCUGGCAGAAUGUACUACAGCAGGAUCACUUUGACUGGACGAGAAAUAAUGGAAGCACACCGACCAGUAAAACAGGCCCAAGUAUAGACCAUACACUCGGAAAUGAUAGAGGUCACUAUGUCUACACUGAAGUUUCUGGUGCCGAAUCAGGUCAUACAGCUUUUCUCAGAAGUGUCUGGUUUCAGCCUCCACCUGCAGAGACAUAUGACAGAACCUCCCAGCACUAUGAAACUUGUAAAGUGCGUUUUUCAUAUCAUAUGUAUGGAUCGGGAACAGGACAACUGAAAUUGUACGCUAUUCAGAAUGGAUCAAGUCAUACUGGUAUCAGUCAGCUGUUUAGUCAGUCUGGUGACCAAGGUGACAUGUGGAUGACGGACGUUGCUAGUCUGCCUGCCAUCACAGAGAGUUACUAUCUUCAGUUUGAAAGUACUCGAGGUUGGAGGUAUACAGGCGACAUAGCAUUGGAUGAUAUUUCACUCAGUCCACAGUGCUUUCAGCUCCUAGAUCUGACCCUUGACACGACGACCCCUGACCCUGCAACAACGAUCACGAUGACUGAACCACUGUCAUCCCAGUCGAUUGAAUCAGUGAGCAAUUUGCCAACACCGGUCUCCAGCAAUCAAACAGUGUUUCAUUUCAGCACAUGUGGUGCCUUGGAGGAUCAGGGACCUACACAGUCACAGUGUGAUGUCGCUUACAGCUUUGAAAAUAUCUCAGUCAGGGUUGAAGAAGGAAUUCAGAAAUGGAUUGUUCCUUCCAAUAAAACUUACAGCCUGAAACUUGAAGGAGCAGGUGGAGGGACUGGUGUUGAGAAUACAAGCCCCUCGCAUGGUGCCGAGAUUCAGGCUAGUUUCAAUCUAUCGGCAGGAGAUCUCCUCUUCAUCUUAGUGGGACAGAAAGGAGAGGAUGCAUGCGACGAUGCUGGAUCGCCCCAAUUUGGAGCCAGUGCUGUGUGUACCAAUGAUUUGACCGAUGCUACAAGACAACAGUUUGGAGUGGGCGGAUACUUGGCUGGAGGAGGCGGUGGGGGUGGAGGGGGUACCUUUGUUGCUAAGUUGGAUGUCUCAUCUGGUGAGUACAUACCACUGCUGAUUGCUGGGGGUGGAGGUGGUUUGUCCUUCAGUCCUUCCCAGACAUUGGGUGAUAUUCACGGAUCAAUAGACGCCCCCGGCACGGGUCAACCAGGGAUUCAAGGAUCAUCCAUUGAUGUCUCGGGUUCUGGAGGUGGCUGGAACGGUACCAGUCUUAACAUUACCCAAGCCAGCGGUAUGUCCUUCUUACAAGGAGGUAUGGGUGGGUCAGGGUGUGCCUUGGCUCAUCUAGAUGCUGAUUGGAGAAUACAAGGAGGGUUUGGAGGAGGGGGCGGAGGAUGUACUUCAGGGGGAGGUGGGGGCGGUUACACAGGAGGAAAUGCUCCUCUUUUUAAGGACUUGACUGGAAGUGGGCAAGGAGGAACUUCUUAUGUGCAUCCUACAGGAUUCAAUGUACAAAGGAAAUCAGGGAAGAACACUGGAUCUGGGAGUGUUAUCAUCAAAGCCAUCCUCUCCUGUCCAGCCAAUGAGAUCCUCACUGACGAUGGGACUAGCUGUGUCUACCUCCCUGAGAAUGGCCUACCUGUAGCUGUGAUAGUUGGUAGUAUCCUACCUGUACUCAUCAUUCUCAUCUGCAUCAUGGUGUUCAUGGCAAUCAGUUACCAACGGAAGAAAAAAGAACUCGCAGGGACUGUCCGAGGGACGGACACUGUGGACUACCAGCUAAACCAGCUUAGACACAACGCUUCAUCGGACUUUAAUCCAUGCUAUCAGCUUGGUGACGGAGCGGUUACCGUCAAAGAUCUGAUGGAAUUACCCAGAGAGAAUCUUAAACUCAUUGGUGCUUUGGGUCAGGGUGCUUUUGGGGAGGUUUAUCACGGUCAGUUCCAGCCACCUGAUGAGAAAGAACCAUAUGAAGUAGCAGUCAAGACAUUACCUGAGAGAUGUACGAGCCAAGAUGAGACGGACUUCCUGAUGGAAGCCCUGAUCAUGGGUAACUUCAGACAUCCCAAUAUUGUCUCGCUGAAGGGUGUAUGUUUCACCCAGGCUCCUCGUUUCAUCCUACUGGAAUACAUGGCAGGGGGAGAGCUUAGACAGUUCCUCAGGGAUUCACGACCAAGAAAGGGCCAGCCAUCGGUACUGGAUAUGUCCGACUUGUUAUUGAUUGCCCAUGAUGUGAGCAGAGGAUGUGAAUAUCUGGAAUCACGUCAUUUCAUACACAGAGACAUCGCUGCCAGGAAUGUCUUACUGUCGAGCAGAGAGAGGGGCCGGUCAGCUAAGAUUGGUGACUUUGGGAUGGCUAGAGACAUCUACAGAGCGGACUACUACAGAAAAGAUGGUCUUGCAUUACUCCCAGUCAAGUGGAUGCCACCAGAAGCAUUCCUAGAUGGCAUAUUCACCUCCAAAACAGACGUCUGGUCGUUUGGUGUGUUGCUAUGGGAGAUCAUGUCGCUUGGUUACAUGCCGUAUCCAGGGAUGAGUAAUCAAGAGGUUAUACAUUUUGUGACUGCAGGACGAAGGAUGAAUUCUCCAGCGCAAUGCCCCAGACCAAUACAUGACCUGAUGGCGUUGUGCUGGCAGCAAGAUCCGGACAACAGACCACUCUUUGCUUCCAUCAUGCAGAACAUUGCCUCCUCUCUGCAGGAUGUGAGUGUCUUGAACACUCCUCUUCCACAAGACUUAUUUGAGGAGGAGACAAACCCUGCUGUUAUGAGGCCGCGAGAUCCCAAACGCUCCCCCGUCCUUAAAGUGAACCAGUCCUAUCGCCAACCAUCUUGGGGAGAUACCAAUGGCAGAAAGAGGGGAGUUAGUGCAUCCGAUGGGGAGGAGUUCCUGAAUCCAGAUUGGAUGUCUGCUGGAAGCAUGAAAGAUCACCUCCUGCUGGACAAUAACAACGUUAAUAACUCAGCUGAUUGUCUGGGAGCUUGUGGAACGACUCUUACAUAUCAUCCAAAUGACAGGAAACUGAACCAAAACGAUGCGGAGAGAGGUGGCGAAGCCUGCAACGAAUCUGUGAAUAAGUUAAAGAAGAGACGGCGGGACAGAACAGAAGAGAUGAGAGGGUCGAGACCAAACUCUGACACCUCGUUCACCCCACCGAUAAAUAUCAGCGAGCUCGCAACAGAAGGAUCUGAUCUUCUGGACAGAGAGAAUGAAUCUGAAGAGGAGGAGGAGGUCUCAUGUCACCCACCGAGUAAAUCAUCGACACCAAGAAACACCUUCAGUCCAACCUCGCAGCAUAGACUUGCCAAACAGUCUGCCAUAGAUUCCUCACCACAAGGAUCCAUCAAUAAUGACCAAUCUCCAUGCUGCAGUGACAGGGCAGAUGUGCCCCGCCUGGACUUGAACAGAGAGUCACCCGUCCCUAAUGGCAACGCCACCGGCGGCACGGAUGCACACUCGGCUUCCCUGUCGCCAAGAAUUCUGAACCGCUUCCGGUUGCCAGUCUUCUCUCGGCACAGCAGUCUGGAGGCGUCUCCAUCGACACAUUCCUCACCACCUCUACCAAUGUUAAACAGGAUGCAGAGUCUUCCCGUUAGGCCAAAUCCAUAUACCAUGACAGACCUGAAUGGUCUAACCACGCCUGAUGAUACCAGGAGCAGUCAUGCUGACAGCAACAGCCUCCAAGACGCUGCAAACAGAAGAGUUAUGUUCAGUUCAGAGUCUGGCCAUGUCAUGUUUGAAGGUGAUGAAAGAAAUGGUUCAGUUGUUUAAAUGGUAUUUUGCCAUUUCAGCAUACUCUUCAUUAACUUGAUGUUCAGAAACAAUUCGCCUGACAUGGUUACGCCAUUUUGGGAGUCAGUUUCUGUGUGUGUUAUAGCUUACACUCUUAGCAUUCUCUUUAAAUGCAAUUUGACUCUCAAAAUGUUAGAACAUGCGAGACAGUAGCUCCAUGUGAGGCCAGUUCAAGGGGUGGUCCAGAACAGUGGAGCAGUAUGGAAACAACUCUUGUAUAUGUAGUAUACUUAGAACUUAAUUAUUUUGCAUUACUUUUUGAGUUGAUGCAGUAUAAGUUUUACCAGUUUAUUAUUUUUCAAUCUCUUACUAGGUGAUAUAUAAUCACCGGAAAAACUUGGUGGCCUUUCUUCCCAUGCUUUUUAAAGGAACACGUUGCCCUGGAUCGGACGAGUUGGUCUAUAAAAAGCGUUUGUAACCGUU